GAAGGGAAAAAGGAGGGGAUUUCCGCAGCGAGGCAAUGCCAGACGUGCAACUCUCCAUUAUAAAACAGAUCAAGCAUUCCUGGACAAACAACUUCAGGAGGAAGCAGCCGUUCCCAGCUGCUGGGUCUGGCAGCAGCAGGAGGGGAUUUCUGCAGCACUGAGGGGUCGGUGGAUGUGGGGAUGAAGAGGUCGGGGUGUCCAAGGAGUGACGGCCCCUCUGCCCUUCAACUCGGUGCCACAAAGCAGAGCCACAGCCCUGAGCCCUUCCCAGCACCGCACAGAGCAGUGGGGCAGCACUGGGAUGGUUGUCCCAAUCCAACCCUACUGCACAGCCCUCACCCCAUACAGCCCAUGGGCUGCUGCUCUGUGAUGUUAAGUGAAGAACUGAGAAGGGAACCUCGACUGGAACCGCAGCCCCCCCACAGCAGGGCCCCCCCAGGACCAUGAUCUCCCCGAAGGACAAGGCCAAGGCUCCCAAGGACAGCAUGACGCUCCUGCCCUGCUUCUACUUCGUGGAGCUGCCCAUCGUGGCCUCCUCCAUCGUGACGCUGUACUUCCUGGAGCUCACCGACCUCUUCAAGCCGGCCAAGGUGGGCUUCCAGUGCCACGACCGCGCGCUCUCCAUGCCCUACGUGGAGAGCAGCGAGGAGCUCAUCCCAUUGCUCAUGCUGCUCAGCCUCGCCUUCGCUGCCCCUGCCGCCUCGAUCAUGCUCGGGGAAGGUCUGGUGUACUGCCUGCAGUCCCGGCUGAAAGGCCGCACCGGCACCGAGGGCAGCAUCAACGCUGGUGGCUGCAACUUCAACUCCUUCCUGCGCCGCACCGUAAGGUUUGUGGGCGUCCACGUCUUCGGGCUCUGCGCCACUGCGCUGGUGACCGAUGUCAUCCAGCUGGCCACUGGCUACCAUGCGCCCUUCUUCCUGACCGUCUGCAAGCCCAACUAUACGCUGCUGGGGACGCCCUGCGAUGCCAACCCCUACAUCACACAGGAUAUUUGCGCUGGCACCGACAAGCACGCCAUCCUAUCUGCCAGGAAGACUUUCCCAUCCCAGCACGCCACGCUGUCCGCCUUCGCCGCUGUCUAUGUGUCGAUGUACUUCAACUCCACCAUCUCGGACAGCACCAAGCUCCUGAAGCCCAUCCUGGUCUUCGCCUUCGCCAUCGCCGCCGGCAUCUGCGGGCUGACACAGAUCACGCAGUACCGCAGCCAUCCCACCGACGUCUACGUGGGCUUCCUCAUCGGCGCCGGCAUCGCCGCAUACCUGGCGUACCAUGCGGUGGGCAACUUCCGUGCCCCCACUGAGAGGAUCCCUAUGCCAGCUCCAGCCAAGGAUGCUCUCCGGGCGCUGACGCAGCGCGGCCACGAUGCGGUGUACCAGCAGAACAAAUCAGUGAGCACUGACGAACUGACCCCACGCCUGGAGGAGGAGGAGGCGGCCGUGCGCCCGGUGCCACGCGACAAGAACUCUCUGGGCAGCCUGAAACGCGCCAGCGUGGACGUGGAUCUGCUGGCGCCGCGCAGCCCCAUGGCCAAGGAGAACAUGGUGACCUUCAGCAACACGCUGCCACGCGUCAGCACGCCUUCCAUGGAGGACGCCGCACGGCGGCACAUGACCAUCCACGUGCCGCUGGACGCCUCGCGCUCCAAGCAGCUCAUCUCCGAGUGGAAGCAGAAGGCGAUGGAGGGCCGAGGGGCGGAGGAAGUAGAGGAGGAGGUGCCCCCGGCGCUGUACCCCACAGUGCAGGCUCGCCCCGAGCGCACGGCGUUGGGCCCCAGGGUUCUCCUCCCUCCCCGUCCCGGCGCAGCGCCGUUGGUGCACAUCCCCGAGGAGAGCGCGGCGGGCGGCGGCGGGGCCGUGAGGGCCAAGUGGGUGAUGGUGGCUGAGAAAAGCGCCCCUCGCACCGCCAACCCCCCCCGUCUGAUGCAGGUGAUCGCCAUGUCCAAACCGCAGAGCGCGGCCCCCAGCACCCCCAAGCAUUCGGAAACCUCCUCGUCCUCCACCAGCUCCGACUCCUCGCAGUACCGCUCGCCCUCAGAGCGCGACAGCUCCAGCAUCAUCACCAUCGAUGCGCACGCCCCUCACCACCCCGUGGUGCAUCUCAACGCCGGGAACGGGCCCUGGGAAUGGAAGGCAGCCCCCAAAGGUGCUGAGGAUGGCUACGAGCUGGGCGAGGUGGGGAAGGAAUUUCGUGCCUUCCACCAGGCCAAAAGCGCCGGCGUUUCGCCCGGCUCCUCGCUGAGCGACAUGGAGCAGGAAGAGCCGCGGUACGGCAGCCUGGCGGCCAUCCAUGGGGCAGCGGGGGGUGCAGAGAGGGGGGAUGUGGGUGAGGGGCUGCUGGGUGCUGCCAGCCGUGAGGCCACGCUGCGCAGGAAGGCGGCUGAGCGCGACGUGCUCACGGACUGCGAUGCUGACAGCUUCUAUAGGAAAAUGCCAGCAGGGCGCAGGUUUAAGGACUGAGCCCAUCCACCCACCCAUCCCAUCCCAUCCCAUCCCAUCCCAUCCCAUCCCAUCCCAUCCCAUCCCAUCCCAUCCCAUCCCAUCCCAUCCCAUCCCAUCCCCCCUCGGGUGUGGGCCCGAGCACUUUGGACUUCAUUUUUCUCUCUAAAACAGGUGCUGAUGUUUUGGGUUAUUUUUUUGUUUUGUUUUGGUUUGAUUUGGGUUUUUUUUUGAGGGGGUGUUAAUUUAUUCAGAUGAUGGCAUUGUAGGUGUGUGGGGCGGGGGAGCAGUCGGUGUUAAAAGGGCUUUGGGGAAUGGUGGCACGUGGCUGUGUGUGGGAGCUGUGGGGCUCAGCGCCGCACGGGAGGGGGAUGCAGCCCCCCCUGCUGCUUUGUUUUGGGGGGAGGUGGGGGGGAGAAGAUGGGGGCAGCGGUGCUGGGAGGGGCUGCGUGUCCAUGGGCUGAGCGCUGGGCAUGUGAAGCUGUAAAUACUGCACUGGGGAAAGUAGAGAGUGCAUCGGGGAGCGGGGGGGUGGUUGGAAACCCCCCCCGGAGCUGCGUUGGGCUGCAAUGAGCUUUGGCUGCUGCUUGAGCUGAG